UCUGGCUGUCCCACCUUUCGUGUUAGCUUAAAGGCAAACACGGGAGCAGUCUGCGUCUGAAUACCGGAACUUGAUCGGACAGAAAUGUCACAAUUCACAAAUCCGUUUUUUUCCAAGCUUGGUCUCUUUAAGAUAACGGAUCUGAUCAAACAUGUCAAACGGACCAGAAGCCCACUGAAUGACAUCAAAUGCCAUCCGAGUCUUGAAGACUUACUCCAGAAUAAAGUGUACUUGGCAGCCUUCCACUCUUAUCUGCAAUCUGAGUUCAGUGAUGAAAACAUCGAGUUCUGGCUGACAUGCGAGAACUUUCGGGCAAAUGCCUCCCAAGACAACCUCCUGUGGAAAGCCAGAGGGAUUUACCAGGAGUUCAUCCAGCCUACAGCCUGUAAAGAGAUCAAUGUGGACCAACACAUUCGCGAAAAGAUCAAGGAAACCUUGGACCGGCCCAGUCCAACAUGCUUCGACGAGGCUCAGAAGCAUGUUUACAUGCUCAUGGAGAGAGACUCCUGCCCGAGAUUCCUGCAGUCUGAGGUUUACCUGAGACUGAAGCAGAAAAACAGAAGCAGGUGGUACAUUUAGACUCGGACCAAAGAAAGUAAAGUUGGAAUUUUGUUGAUUUGCUUUGUGGGCUGGUGAAAGAGAGAGGUAGAAGUCAGUCAGUAGUAGGUUGUCUCCGCUAAGUUGAAAAAAAAGAGACAUUGGGAGACAUUGCUGUAUGUGCAGAAUAAACAAUAGAGCUGAACACCUGAUGAAGCUAAAUAUGAAGGGAACCUGGGAAGUGAAUAAAUGUUGACAGUAAGUGAAAGAAGUGUCAA